AUGGAUCCGAGAUACGACACGUCAUACCUGGACCUGAUUAAAGAAGUGGUUAGUGUUAGUAGGGCGACGUGUGCGGCGAAAGGCCUCAGCAGCAACUUCACUGCUUUUGGUUACGUAAAGGACGAGCUACGUUGUCUUCUUCUGAACGUUGACUACUACGUGGAACACCCUUGGACGCCUCCACUUGGCACAUCAUUCUUUCUUAGAGACGAAGAUAUCGACCCACACCCGUGUAUAUCCUGGUGUCCAUUUUGCAUGCCGAUUGUAGAAACUCUGUUGACGUGGUCGCAAUCUGUUGAUGCUUGUCGCCCGGCCUACCUGAUGGAAUACUACGACCUCAUCGAGUACAGAUGCAUCGUGAUGCAGCUCCAGUAUCUACGGAAGCCCACUUCAAGUCUGUACUGGGUCGGUGGCCAUUACACCACCGAGUGGAAGUGGAUUACUAAUGACAAUAUUCUUGGAAGUCUGUGGGCCCCGGGAGAGCCAAGUUCGCCUACUGGAGGCUGCGUGCUGUUCGAUGCUGGGAAGAACUACACCCUGUUCUCAGCCAACUGUGCAGAGAAGCAUUAUGCACUGUGUUACUAUGGCACAGGGAGAUAGACAGACCCUUUUAUGUUUUCUGUUAAGCUGUUAAGUGUUUCCUUGUUUCCUUGAGGAAA